AUGGAUACGAAAGAUGGACAGGACCAACUGUCGUCGACGCCGGAUGGAGGCACAGAUGCCAUGAUUGACGAGAUCUCGAGCAAAGUGCCCGGUGCUUCUCGACAAAUUAUCCUCGAGCUGCUUGUUUCAUGUGGUGCUGAUGUCAAACAGGUGCUACAACUUUUGGGGGUUGAAGAUUCGACGAGUGAAACCAACUCGCCACAGAAUGCUACCCCAGCAGCUGUUACUGCGACUGAACCUCACGCUUCCUCACCUGAACUGAAAACUGACUUGGAAACUGAAAGCUGUGAAAGCAACAGCAUAAAUAGUGGCUCGGAUUUUGUAGAUUAUAGCAUUGGUGCUGAUACUGUGGAUAUCGUUUCUGAAGGAGAUGCUAAGAGUGAUAGUCUAAUUCGGUAUCUUGGUGCUUCGAGCGUGGGCAUGUCAUCAACGGGGUAUCAGAGUACUCUUAAAAGGUUCUUCUCACCAGAUGAGACAGAGCGAGAACGCAAAAGACAGGCUAAAGCCCAGCAGGUGGCUUUGGCGGGUAAUGACUGGGAAGAAUCGGACGUGGAGUCGGAGUUUGAGUCGAAUGGAUCUGCCACCGAGCCAGAUGGCCUGAAACGGUCAGAAUCAAGUGAACCUAUAUCCACAGUCCGUGGGUUGCCGGUUGCGGAGGUCAAAUUUGUGCCACCAGCUUCUGGAGUGCUGCAUCUCUACGAUCCAGAAAUGGUAGAGAAACUGCUACCUUGUACAUUUCAUCUCAACGUUCUGCCCAAGAAACUUGCUAACGACUUACUAGCAUAUUUGGUGGAAGAAAGCAAGAAUUGGGGUCGGGGGAAAUUCUAUUUAUUUGACAGGCUCGUGGAAUCGCCACAUUCAUCGUCGAUGUACUCGUGCAAUAAGAGUCUGCUGGAGAAGAAAAAUUCGACAUAUCAAGGCAGAGUUGUCAAAAGUAUAAAACCAUUCAACAAUCUUUUGACUGAAGUAGGUGAGAGAGUUAUUUCAAUUGUCAACGAACAAAUCGAACGAAGGGGUCAUACUGCAUUACAAUACAAAGGCAAAUGGACGAGCGAUGUCGUAGUCACCAACUGCUACGAUGGCGGUAAUGAGUCGGUAGGAUAUCAUUCUGAUCAAUUGACUCAUCUGGGACCAGCAUGUGUUAUUGCUAGUAUCUCCUUAGGAGUCUCAAGAGAAUUCCGGUUAGCAAAACGAUGGUCUCCUGCUGCCAAACGUGAGCAGAAACAGUCUGCCAGUUCGAACAAAGUAGAGUACGACGACUGUAAAUACUCGAUCCAUGUCAGCCAUAACAGCAUGGUAAUUAUGCACGCUGGAUGUCAAGAAGCUUAUAAACAUUGUGUGAUGCCAAGCAAAAAACCGUUAAGCCCACAUCCCAUAGCAGGUCUCAAGCGAAUCAAUCUCACCUACAGGAUGUACCGUCCAGAAUAUGUCACCGAGAAGCUUCCUCUCUGCACCUGCGAAAAGCCCAUGAUUCUCCGCACCGCUAAAACAGAAUGGGCCCCUGGCGCCAAAAUGCCCACCUACAAAUACGUCUGGCAGUGUGCCGCUGAGUACGCCACGAACAAGGGCUGUGGAAAGAUAGUGUACCUCGACUGGGAACCCUAG